AUGGAGCCCCAGGCAGCGCUGGCUGCGCGCGUGACGCAGGCCCCAGCCGUAGUUAGCACCUCUAGUAGGUUUGCAAGUUUGGGGACCUUUUGGGCCGAUUAUGGUGCUGCUAGCGCCUGGAAGCAGACUCACAAGGGCUCCCUCCCCCGCACCUUGUCACGGAAGUCCAGCCCGUUCCUGGGGCGAUGCGAUAUGGCCCGUCACCUGGCCACAGGCUUGGCCGGGAGUGCUACCCGCAGGUCACACGGCAACAUGGAAGGCAACCUGGGUACCUUGCAAUUUGUUGCCCUGGAGAAUCGCUUUGUCCCAAUCAUCGGUGGCGUGUUCCUGGCGUACCGACAACAACGACAGAGCAAACGAGCGCCCAGCCAUGCGAUAGGGCGACAUCCUCGAUCACGACAGGCGCCUAUCGGCAGUGUCAUACAUUUCCAGCCGACCCCCAUGUCGGCCAACUACUGGGACUCGACGCAGCGGCGGUACUGGCUCUUCACCAAGGACCAAUUGAACACGAUGCGCACCAAGCUCGAGCAAGACAACAUUGACCUCGUGCGCAUGUUUCCCCUGUCCCAACCCAGGCACCUCGCCAUCUUCUUCAACCAGCAGCUCAUCCGCCUCGGCAAGCGCCUCACGAUCCGCCAGCAGGCCAUGGCCACGGCCCAGGUCUACCUCAAGCGCUUCUACUCACACGUCGAGAUCCGCCGCACGAACCCAUACCUCGUCAUCACCACGGCCAUCUACCUCGCCUGCAAGAUGGAGGAGUCGCCGCAGCAUAUCCGUCUUAUCGUGACGGAAGCGCGGCAGCUGUGGCAGGACUUUAUCGGCCUCGACACCUCGCGCAUCGGCGAGUGCGAGUUCUUCCUCAUCUCCGAGAUGAGCUCCCAGCUCAUCGUCCACCAGCCCUACCGCUCCCUCACCUCGCUCCGCAGUGAGCUGGCCCUCGUCGACGAGGACGUCCAGCUCGCCAAGUCGGUCAUCAACGAUCACUACAUGACCGACCUGCCGGUGCUGUUCCCCCCGCACAUCAUCGCCCUCGUCGCCGUCCUGCUCGCCCUCGUCCUGCGGCCCAAUUCGGUGACCCCCGGCCAGCAGGGCGCCGGUGCGGCCGCCGCGGCGGGACUAGCGGCCGCGCAGGCCGCGCUCAGCCACGCGCAGGGUGGCCUCUUUACACCAGCUGGUUCCAUGGCCGGGCUGCCACUGCCGUUGUCGUCGGCGGUCUCGGGACUCGAAGCACGCGAGAAGCAGCAGGAGGCGCGUAUCACGCGCGUUCAGCACUUUGCGGCGUGGCUGGCCGAGAGCACGGUCGACAUUUCAUCCAUGGUGGACGCCACGCAGGAAAUUAUCUCGUUUUACGAGUGCUAUGAAAAGUACAAUGAAAAGCUAACGAGGGAGCAAAUCAACCGAUUCGUCAAGGCGGGCAGCUUAGACCGAUAG